AUGGACUCAACCGAUUGUAAAGAUUUUUUGAUACCGAAAGAUGAUCGGAAAUGGUAUUACUUCAUUCUCACAUCCGUGACAAUAUUUUUCGGUGGACUGCUUGUGAUUCUAUGUGGACGAUUGUUGGUUAGAUUAUGCGAAAGCAAGGGAACGAAAACGGCGCGCGUUACACCACCAAGUAGCGCAAAGUCAAGAAAAUCUGCAUCGAAAAACGGUAGACCUGCAUUCAACAAUGACGAAGAUGAAGGCGGCGUCUAUGUUAGCAUCAAAGAGGGUGCAGGAUCACUUAUAAAUGGCAAAUCUUUAAAAGGCCGAAUUAUG